GGUGGAGCGCACUUUUUGUGCUUGAGCUUGAGCUACGGUGGAGAGUACUCUGUGUACGGUGUGUGGAGAAAAUAAUUUUCCGAAGAGGAGGCCCGUCGAGACCCGAGGAUCCGCCAUGCCUGGACGCCCACUCUGGCAGGUUGCUGGCAAGCGCGAAGCAAGCCAGGAAGCUGAAGCCCAACAAUGGAUGGAGACUGUAAUCGGUCGAAGAUUUCCACCAGGUAUGAGUUACGAAGAUGCUCUGAGGGAUGGUGUUUUGCUCUGCAUGCUCAUGAAUAAAUUGCAGCCCGGCCUGAUCUCGAAGGUCAAUACAUCCGGUGGAGAUUACAAAAUGAUGGAUAACCUUAAUCAGUUCCAGAAAGCCUGCGUAAAAUACGGAGUACCCGAUGUUGAUCUCUUCCAAGCUGUCGACUUGAUUGAACGUAAAAAUAUCGCUCAAGUGACGAACACCAUCUUCGCUAUUGGACGGACGACGUAUAAGCAUCCGGAAUGGCGCGGACCCUGGCUAGGUCCGAAACCAGCGGAGGAGAACAAAAGAGCCUUCACGGAGGAGCAGCUAAGGGCUGGCGAGGGACUUAUCGGUCUGCAAGCUGGUACCAAUAAGGGCGCUACGCAAGCCGGGCAAAACUUCGGGGCUACGAGAAAGAUACUCCUUGGAAAAUAAUUUAACGAAGCUCUUACACCUUUUUAUAGCCGUUAGAAAUAUUCUGUUUGCGUAACGCGACCUUCUACUAGACAUAUAAUACAUAUAAUACAUAUUGUAACGUAAACUUGUUAGAAAUUUAACUUUAAAUGUUCAACGCUUUCGUAAAAGAACGAAUAAGAUUUUAUAAUUCUUCGUGAUUAUACAUAUAGACGAGCCGUCAAUGUAUCUGUUGAAAUUAUACGCGAAUGAAUGUCAACGCUAAAUCUGUUCAACGUUAGACGUGUUUGUUUGUUAUUUUGUGUCUAUUUAUUAUUUGUAUCCAGCGCGUUCACUUCUAACGUGAGUGUAUCUGACAAAAUUAUGUAUCAUUUGAUGGAGUAAUUAAUAUACGACAGAGCAUCGAGAGAGAAGUAAAGUUUCUAUUUUAUCUUGACGUGUCUCAGGUAUAGGGAUCCCAAGACGAACUAUCUUCUCCCAUCGUGGAACUCCUAGAGCGAGUCUUGUCGCUCUUGCUAGUUUCCUGGCAGCUCACUCGGCUCCCGACAAUCGUCUUCGAUCGCGUGCUCCAUGUCGGUGCACGCGGAGACGCACGUGCACGUCUCCGGUUCGCGCGCGCGUCACGUCACACCGUGUCGGUCGCUUCGCAUACACUCGAGAUCACCGCGCGCAACCACGUGUGUAUAUAAUACGCGCGUGGUGCCGAUGUGUAUACGCAACACGCGCGUAAGCCGCAAGCGGAGCGCGUAUGCGAACGUCGAGCCCUCGUACGUGACAGGGACGAUGAGUAGGCGUGACGUGUACGUACACGCGUUACACGCAUUCCUUGACCGGUUUCUACACCGCAAGGCUCCCCGAGGAUCAGGCGAGCAUCCUAAGACAGAACACACGCCGGUUCCCGCGCGCCGAUCCGAAAUUACACCGUUUUUUCUCUCCCUCUCACCGCGCGAGCUGUCAUCGUUGCACGUACCUGCGCUUUCUAAAUUCUGUGGAGUGGAAUCUCACUCUAAAGAGUGGAAAUUGAGGUAGUCUUGAAAAAGAGUGUUGCUAGAAUCAAAUUGAGAGCCUGAAUUAAUUUGGAUUAACAUAAAUUUAUAUAGAUGUAUUAUUUAGAAAAAUUUAUGUUAUUUUGAUAUAUAACGAUUGAAACGCUAAUAACGUAAAUA